AUGACGUCCAUUGAAGUCCUGAACGAUAAAGCUGGAAACUCACUCACUAGUAUCCAAAGCCUAUGGAAUAGUCGGCUGCGAUCGUGCUGCAGUUCCCCGAUUGACGUCACGGCGACGACGAUGAUGUCGGGGUACGCCACCAAAGUGGACCUCAGCUCAUCUUCCUUUUCUAGUAAUGCCGGAUUAACGGACAGCCCGAGUUCCCUUUGGAAGACCCACACCGUCCCCGAGGAGGCCUCCAGCGUGCCGCGCAACGCCGGCGAGCGUGCGGACGGAAUAGAGGACCUCGCGGCCUCCCCGCGCGCGCGGCGCCGGCCCACGACGCCGGAGCCCGAGGCCUCGGAGGCGGCUGUCGCGGGGAGGCUGCAGGCGGCACUGGUGGGGAGCCCGCGGCUCUGCAAGCCGCUCUUCUCCGCCUACCUCCUGCAGGGCCUUGAAGCGGACGACCCCCCCCCGGCUCUGACUCUUGUGCUGGACCUUGAUGAGACGCUGGUGUGCAACCGCAGCCCCCACGCCCCGCGGCCGAUCCUGCGGCCCUACGCCCUGCACAUGCUCAACGCCCUGCGCCACAUGGCCGACCUCGAGAUCGUCCUCUGGACGGCGAGCACGAAGGAGACGGCGACGCGGGUGGUGCAGCGGCUCAACGCGAACGGCAUCGUCUUCGACGACGUGAUCUUCCGCAAUAACCUGUGGUUCACCCAGCCGGUCUACACCAAGGACCUCCGCCUGCUCGGGCGCGAUAUGGAUAAGGUCGUCAUCGUCGAUAACGCCGCUAACAGCUGCAAGCUUAACCCACGCAAUGCGUUGCUUAUCGAGGACUUCCACGGCGAACGUGAUAAGGAGGAUGCCGCGUUGGUGAACGUUUACUACGCGGUCGAGGCACUUCUUGCGAUGUCUAAAAAUGGGGUAUCGGUAAGGGAUGGACUGGAUAAGCUAGCGGGCACAGGCCUUCUCUGCCACGAGAUUUCCAUACGUAUUCCUACUCCAUGGAAUACCAUGCCUUUGUCGUUGAUCUCACCGAUUAAACUGCCACCUUUUGGAAAGUUUAUAAAAUCCAACACCAAACCUCCUUCUCGAUCCAUCAUGAAUUACUGGACUUAUUAG